AUGGACAAAUACCGUGGCUCGUCUCCUUACGUUUUCGAGGCGUACAUCCAUUUAUUAACCGGACGGGAUAUAACCAUUUGUGCGGAGCGAACCUUAUCCACCCUCAAUGGUUACUGUCAGUUGCACAUUGCUUCAAUCCUCGGAGAGAACAGUUUGAGUGAACAGGAAGAGACUCAAAAAAUGGUUGAAAUCGACAAAAUCGUCAUCCAUGAACUUUAUUCCUACUCUGGGAAUACCAAAUACGACAUCUCUUUACUGAAGCUUUCCGAGCCAGUGAUGGAAACGGAUUAUAUUAAGUUGAUUUGUCUGGAUCGAGAGAAAAUUGUCUUUCCGGGCGAAAUUUGCACAGUAGCCGGAUGGGGGGAGCAUUCUUAUGAGGGAAAUGGAUCCGCUUACCCCUUUCAAACGGAAGUAAACGUUUUAUCGAAAUCUCAGUGUGAAGACAGAAUCAAAGACAUUAAUAAAUCAGUGAGAUAUAUUUACUCAAAUUCGAAAACGACAUUUUGUGCGGAAUCCGACAAAGGAAAUGACACAUGUUAUGGUGAUUCAGGUGGUCCCUUACAGUGUUUUCGAAAUGGCCGCUGGUAUUUGACUGGAGUGACAUCUGCAGGGGGUAAACUUUCAAAUUUAUGGGAGAGCCUACAUGCCGGAUCUUCUUCUUCCUCUUCUUCUUCUUCCUCUUCUUCUUCAACUUCUUCUUUUUCUUCUUUUCCUCACCCUCCUUCUCCUGCUCCUCUUCCUUCUUGCUCUCAUUCUUCUUCUUCUUCUUCUAUUACUACUACUACUUCUUCUUCUCCUUCUCCUCCUCCUACUUCUUCUUUCUUCCUCUGA